ACAGUGGAUGUUGCUAGCUCAGAUCAAUGUUUCCUUUUGUCUCUGACUGAAACCUUUCUAGUGAUCUGAAGGAACUGCAGUGAGCCAAGACGUUUCCAGAGUUGAUCUUCACAACUAAACUAGAUGUCUCUCAGGCAGCUUCUCUACCUGUCUUGGAAAAUGUCAUGAGGUCCUUUUUUUCAAAUAAACUCUGAUAAAGGUUCAUCUUGUGGCAUCAUGUCAGGCCUUAGUCCUUCAUUUGGUUCUCCAGAGGUCAUGGGAAAUGGAACUUUCCUGGAACUUUUUCCUACCUCUAUCUCAACUUCAGUGGAUUCGUCAUCGUCGCCAACCCGGUUAUCAAAUGUUUACGUCUACGUUUCCAUUUUCCUCAGUUUGUUGGCCUUUCUCCUAUUGCUGUUAAUUAUUGCUCUUCAAAGACUGAAAAAUAUAAUCUCUUCAACCUCUUCUUAUCCAGAGUAUACUAGUGACGCAGGAAGCUCCUUCACUAAUUUGGAAGUUUGUAGCAUUUCUUCACAGCGGUCUUCUUUUUCUAACCUGUCUUCAUAAGACAGUAUAAAGGGGAAUCUCAAAUAAACUAUAAAACAUGGAAAUAUCGCAUGUGACAUUUUACUAUAAAACUGAAAAGGCAUCUCUUAUUCAUUCUGUUUGAGUCAAUGCUGCUUUUUAAAUCAAUUUAAAUGUUGCCAUUUAUGUACUUCAUCUGCGUAUAUUGACAUUGGCCUAUUCAAGCUAUGUUAAUAUACUCUCAUUGAGUUUGAAAGUUGAAGCAUUUCUCAUUAAUGAGAUACAUAAAGCAGAUAAAAUAAAUACAAUUAAGGCCAAAAUAUAAAUCUGUCAUCCUCUCUUUAAAAUUAAAAAUUCCGUCAAUAGUUUGAUUUAUGUGAAAUCAUAAAAUUUAGAUGGUCUAUUGCAUGGGUCACCAAACUUGGCCUUUCAGCUAUUGUCUACAUUUUCUAUUACACUCUGCUAGCCAACAGUUAAUGGCUGGCAUGGGAGUCCAACAACAACAACAGCUCAAGGGCCAAUAUUGGACAGCCCACAUGUAUAUAUCCUGCCUCCUGUAGCUUUUAGGCUCUAAAUAAUUUCUGCAAUACUAUUCAUUUCGCAGCUGUCUUUUCAUUUGUUGGCCAUGUAAACAAGAAUGUUGAAAAUAUUUUAUAUAAUU